CCUAGGUAGAGCUCGGAGGAGUGACAUUGCGGAAGUCAAGACAAAACAAGUGUCCAGUCAACUUCAGAGAGGAAUGGCUACUUCUUUCAAUCUAAACAGCAAAGCAGCCAGCGGCUUCAAGAACGCUGCCAAUUACGAUGCUCAUAGACCCACUUACCCAGCGGAAGCUGUGGAGAAGCUUCUUACACAUCUCGGAGUUGCAGAUGACACCAAUGCACAAGUUAUCGACCUUGCUUGUGGAACUGGGAAGUUUACACAGCUCUUGGCUGCUAGGCCAGAGAAUUUCGAUAUUCUGGCUGUCGAGCCACAUGCUGAGAUGAGGGAGGAGCUUGUCAAGAAGAAUCUAGGUUCGAGGGUGAAGGUGUUAGAUGGGCAUGCCGCUUCUAUGCCGGUUGAAGAAGGCUGGGGAGAUGCUCUCGUUGCUGCACAGGCAUUCCACUGGUUUGCUACGGAAGAUUCAUUGAAGGAGAUUCACAGAGUUCUGAGACCAGGAGCUAAAUUUGGGAUGAUUUGGAACCUCGAAGCUUAUAAUUCCCCGAGAGAGUGGCCAUCUGCAACAACUUGGGAGCAGAAGCUGAAAGAGAUUGUUUUUAACCUCGAGGAUGGUCACCCUCGAUUCAGAAAUAUGAAAUGGAAGGAAGUAUUUGACAACCAGCAAGAUACGACUCCACUUCAAACCCUCAAAGAUACUUUUACACACAACUUCCCGACAUUCUCACUUCCACUGGGAGAGGAGACUGUCCAGUGGACUGUCUAUAUGUCUGAAGAAGCUAUAUGGGGAAGAUACACAACCCUGUCACAAGUUGCAAAUCUAUCUGAAGAGAAAAGAGAAGAGAUUCGGAAGCAGGUCUUCACUGUGCUGAAAGAAGGAGACACAGAACGAAACGAGAAUGGAGAGAUAGCUUUGCAUGGCGUUACGUAUCUUUGUUGGACGUCUCGAAUCUGAGUCUCCUUUCAUUGGUAGUUUUCGUAAUUUGCGACGCAAUAGAACAGUACUGGCAUCGUCCCCC